GGGAGAGCCACACAGCCCAAACCUGCUGCUGCAGCAGCCAAAGUUACGUUCUGAUUCAUUUGUAUUAAUCGGAACAGUCCAUCCCAGCCACCCACCCUGAAUCACGGCUUACUGCUGGAGUCCCUAGCAAUGCCUCCUUGGCACAAAAGUGAUAAGAAGACUGGAGUGGCAAUAUACAAUUUCAAAGCUACCCAAGUGCCCCAGAUAUCACUACAGAUUGGGGAUGUGGUUCAUAUAUUGGAAGACCAUGAAGAUUGGUAUAGGGGAUACUUGGUCAGACAUAAAGAAACUGAGGGAAUAUUUCCAAAAUCUUUUAUCCACAUCAAAGAAAUUGCUGCUGAGAAGAAAAGAAAUGCGGAAAAUGUAAUACCUGCUGAGAUUCCAUUGGUACAAGAGGUUACCAGCACAUUAUGGGAAUGGGGUAACAUUUGGAAACAACUGUAUGUGGCAAACAAGAAGGAACACUUCCGGCAGGUACAAGCAAUGAUGUGUGAGUUAAUGGAGUGGAGAUCACAACUCCUCUCAGGGACAUUGCCCAAAGAUGAACUGAAAGAACUGAAACAAAAGGUCACUUCCAAAAUUGAUUAUGGCAACAAGAUUCUUGAGCUGGACCUCAUUGUUAGAGAUGAAGAUGGCAAUAUUUUGGAUCCUGACAAAACCAGUGUCAUCAGUCUCUUCCACGCACAUACAGAAGCUACAAAAAAAAUCACAGAAAGAAUUAAAGAAGAAAUGUCAAAAGAUGAGCCUGUGUACGGAACUUUCUGCCGAAAUACUUCAUCCCCCACUCACAGCCUUUAUGUCUUUGUAAGAAAUUUUGUCUGCAAAAUAGGAGAAGAUGCUGAACUUUUUAUGUCCCUCUAUGAUCCCCAUAAGCAUUCAGUGAUAAGUGAAAAUUACUUGGUGAGAUGGGGGAGCAAAGGUUUUGUCAAAGAAAUUGACAAUUUCAACAAUCUGAAAGUGGUUUUCACUGAUCUCGGAAACAAAGAUCUUGCAAGAGAACGGAUUUAUUUGAUCUGUCAAAUUGUACGUUUUGGAAAAAUGGAUCUCAAAGAUACUAACACCAAAAAAUAUACUCACGGCAUAAGACGGCCUUUUGGAGUGGCAGUAAUGGACAUCUCAGAUAUUAUAAAAGGAAAAGCAGAAAGUGAUGAAGAGAAACAACAUUUCAUUCCCUUUCAUCCUGUGCCAGAGAAUGAGUUUUUGCACAACCUCUUAAGCAAGGUUACCACAUUCAAAAGUGACAGUGGUGGACAAGGAUUAUGGGUAACCAUGAAAAAACUUGUUGGAGACAUUACUCAUAUUAGAAAGGACUACCCUCACCUUGUUGACAGGACAACAGUUGUUGCUCGGAAGCUUGGCUUCCCUGAAAUAAUCAUGCCAGGCGAUGUAAGGAAUGACAUCUAUAUUACUUUGCUACAUGGAGAUUUAGAUAAAUUUAAUAAAACUACUCAGAGAAAUGUAGAAGUCAACAUGUGUGUCUGUGAUGAGGAUGGAAAAGUGAUACCUAAUGUGAUUUGCUUAGGGGCUGGAGACAAGCCUGUGAAUGAAUACAAGUCAGUUGUCUACUAUCAAGUCAAACAACCCCGUUGGAUGGAGACAUUAAAGGUAGCCUUACCCAUUGAGGAUAUGCAAAGAAUUCAUUUGCGUUUUAUGUUUAGACAUCGGUCAUCUUUGGAGUCUAAAGACAAGGGAGAAAAGAAUUUUGCGAUGGCCUAUGUAAAAUUAAUGAAGGAAGACGGGACAACUCUGCCUGAUGGCAUUCAUGAACUGGCGGUUUUAAAGGGUGAUAAUAAGAAAAUGGAAGAUGUCAACAUGUACUUGAGCCUCCCUUCAACCCGCAGUCAAGUAGAACCUAAACUCUCAACCUUAAGUCGGAGCUCAAGCAUUAUCGGAGGGCUCUCUGUAAGCUCAAGAGAUUCCUUUGCCAUUUCAACUCUCAUUUGCUCAACUAAGCUAACUCAAAAUGUGGGUUUACUGGGCCUUUUGAAGUGGCGAAUGAAACCUGAGCUCUUGAAGGAAAACUUAGAAAAAUUGAAGAUUGUAGAUGGUGAAGAAAUUGUGAAGUUUCUCCAGGAUACUUUAGAUGCCCUAUUUAAUAUCAUGAUGGAACAUUCUUAUAGUGACGCAUAUGACAUUCUUGUCUUUGAUGCUUUGAUUUAUGUAAUAGGACUCAUUGCCGAUAGAAAAUUUCAGCAUUUCAAUACUGUACUGGAGGCUUACAUUCAGCAACAUUUCAGUGCAACUUUAGCCUACAAGAAAUUAAUGGCAGUUCUGAAGACUUAUUUGGAUACUUCAAGCAGAGGACAACAGUGUGAACCUAUAUUAAGAACGCUAAAAGCUCUGGAAUAUGUAUUCAAGUUCAUAGUUCGGUCAAGGACUUUGUUCUCUCAACUAUAUGAAGGUAAAGAACUGACAGAAUUUGAAGAAGCCAUGAGAAGGCUUUUUGAGUCAAUCAACAACCUGAUGAGAAGUCAACACAAGACAGCUAUUUUAUUACAGAUGGCUGCCCUGAAGUAUAUUGCAUCUGUUCUCCAAGAUGUAGAAACAGUCUUUGAUGUCAAAUUGCUCAGCCAACUUUUACAUGAAUUUUUCACCUGCAUUCCAGCAAAGUUGCAGAAGCAAAAAGUUCAAUCAAUGACAGAAAUUGUACACAGCAGUCUCUUUAAAAAACAAGAAUGUAGAGAUAUCCUUCUCCCUGUAAUUACCAAAGAACUGAAGGAAUUACUGGAUCCAAGUGUUGAAAUGCAAAUGGUACAAGACAAAAAAUAUUGCAUUGAAUUACUCAACAGCAUACUAGAAGUUCUCAGCUGUCAAGAUGCGGGAACAACUGAUCAGCAUAUACAAGAAAUAAUGAUCCAAUUGCUGCGCACCAUUAACAGGACUGUCAUUAGAAUGGGAAGAGAUGACCCCUUAAUCAGUCAUUUUGUGGCCUGCAUGACAGCAAUCCUGGACCAAAUGAAUAAUCAGCAUUAUUCUUCAUACAUUGAAACUUUUCAGACGAGCUCAGAAUUAGUGGACUUUUUGAUGGAAACUUUCAUAAUGUUUAAAGAUCUGAUUGGAAAAAACGUUUACCCCUUGGAUUGGAUAGCAAUGAGCAUGGUGCAGAACAGAGUAUUUCUGAGAGCCAUCAACAAAUUUUCUGAAACUAUGAACCACAAGUUUCUGGAAAACAUGAAUUUUGAAGAGCAACUCUGGAACAACUAUUUUCAUCUUGCAGUGGCUUUUAUCACCCAGGACACCUUGCAGCUCGAGCAAUUCUCCCAUGGUAAAUGCAUUAAGAUCCUGAACAAAUAUGAAGACAUGAGGCGUUUAAUUGGUUUUGCUAUCCGUGACAUGUGGUACAAACUUGGACAGAAUAAGAUCCGCUUUAUUCCAGGAAUGGUUGGACCUAUCUUAGAAAUGACCCUAAUCCCUGAAGCUGAACUGCGAAAAGCCACCAUCCCAAUAUUCUUUGACAUAAUGUUAUGUGAAUAUAAACAUACUGGUGAAUUCAAAAAGUUUGAAAAUGAAAUAAUUUUAAAAUUGGAUCAUGAGGUAGAAGGAGGUCGUGGAGAUGAACAAUAUCUGCAUUUGUUUGAGGCAAUACUCACUGAGUGCUCUUCAAGCUUUCCUAAGAUUGCCAAGUCAGUUGAAAUGUUUGUAAGCCUAAUAAAAGGUCUUUUGGAAAAACUACUGGAUUAUCGUGCUGUAAUGAAUGAUGAAAGCAAGGACAAUCGUAUGAGUUGCACUGUGAAUUUGUUGAAUUUCUACAAGGAAAUUAAUCGUGAAGAAAUGUAUAUAAGGUAUCUGUAUAAACUUCGGGAUCUUCAUUUAGAUUCUGAGAACUACACUGAAGCUGCAUAUACCCUUCUGCUGCAUGCGUCACUUCUGAAGUGGUCUGACGAACACUGUACUCCUCAAGUCAUGCAAACAGAAUUUCAAAGUUCACAAACACACCGUCAUCUGAAAGAGCACCUAUAUGAGAUGAUAAUAGAAUAUUUUGACAAAGGAAAGAUGUGGGAAGAAGCAAUAGGCUUGUGCAAAGAACUAGCAGAACAAUAUGAAAUGGAAAUUUUUGAUUAUGAACUUCUAAGCCAAAACUUGAUUCAGCAAGCCAAAUUCUAUGAAAACAUCAUGAAAAUUCUGAGACCUAAACCAGAUUACUUUGCGGUUGGAUAUUAUGGCCAGGGUUUCCCCACAUUCCUAAGGAAUAAAAUAUUCAUUUACCGAGGCAAGGAAUAUGAGCGGAGGGAAGACUUUCAAGCACAACUGAUGAGCCAUUUCCCAAAUGCUGAAAAAAUGAAUACUACUGCACCCCCUGAAGACAAACUGAAGAAUGCUGCUGUUCAAUAUUUACAAUGCUUCACUGUGCAGCCAGUUUUGGAGGAACAUCCUCAAUUCAAAAAUAAGCCAGUGCCUGAUCAAGUAAUCAAUUUUUAUAAAUCUAACUAUGUGCAAAGAUUCCACUAUUCAAGACCAACCAGAAAAGGAUCAGUUGACCCUGAAAAUGAAUUUGCUUCUAUGUGGAUUGAGAGAACAUCCUUUACUACAGCUUAUAAACUCCCUGGAAUCUUGCGUUGGUUUGAGGUUGUGUCCAUGUCACAGGCUACAAUUAGCCCCUUGGAGAAUGCCAUUGAAACAAUGUCCAUGACAAAUGAGAAGAUUCUGGCAAUGAUCAAUCAGUACCAAAGUGAUGAGAACCUUCCCAUUAAUCCUUUGUCCAUGCUUCUGAACGGAAUUGUUGAUCCAGCAGUCAUGGGAGGGUUUGCUAAGUACGAGAAGGCUUUCUUCACAGAUGAAUAUACUAGGGAUCACCCAGAGGAUCAGGAGAAACUAAACAGGCUCAAAGACCUGAUUGCUUGGCAGGUUCCGUUCCUUGCAGCUGGAAUUAAGAUUCAUGAAAGAAGAGUAUCAGACAGCCUUCGUCCUUUCCAUGAACGUAUGGAGGAAUGCUUCAGGCAUUUAAAAGUUAAAGUAGAGAAACAAUAUGGAAUCAGAGAAUUGCCGGAUUUUGAUGACAGGCGGUUUGGCCGACCAACAUCUAUGCUGAGAUCAUAUCGUCAGAUGUCCAUUAUUUCAAUGUCCUCCAUGAAUUCUGACUGCAGUACACCAAACAAAAUUGCUGUAGAAAGCUUUGAACUCGAAGUCAUGUCACCCAAGGCAACCGAAUCUGUGUCAGAAGAAAAUGGUCGUCUGAUAAGCAGCCAGCCUGAAGUGAAAAUGAGGAAAGGCCGGAGGAGAGAAAAGAGAAGCAGUGUACUACUUCCAGACAAAAAAUCUUCUGACCUUCCUGAUAUGAAAUGUCUGUCAAGAAAAUAUGAAUUUAUGAGUGAUACCAACCUUUCUGAACAUCUGGAUGUACCUCAGAAAACAUCUGUUCUUCUCAAGCAAAUGAGUUUUGCCAGCCGCUCUAUGCCAACCAUACCAGCUUUAACUCUAUCCAUAUGCUGUCCAACCCUGGAAGAAACAAAUGUGUCACAGAGAAUCAGUCAGACAAGCAUUCCACCCAUCUUGGAAACAGAAAAGAAAACUCUAAAAAAGAAGAAAAUGAACCAGCUCUUCAAAUCAAAAUACAAGUCCAAGCAACCUGAAGAUGGAAGGUGUACGGGUGAACGGCAACCUGACAUCUCUGAGCUGUGAAUAAAUUCCACUGUUUGAAAGAAAAUAAUUAUUAGCAAAUUUAAAAAAAAGAUUCUAAAUUGGAAAUUAAGGUUGGCUUACAAUGUUGAUAAUGUAUAUAAAUCAUUUGUACUGUUAGUGAAUACUUAAUGCUGUUACAUUCCUAAAUGGAUGACUUUGGUGAUAUGCAAGAUUUGUUAAUCUGUGGGCUUAAUCUCAAUAUGCUAAGACUCAAUGAUCAUUGGAAAAAGCGUUGAUCUCUCACUGUGCAUAGAAAUUGAUGAAACCCAAAUAAUGUAACCCCAGACUUGACAUUGACAAUUGUUUUGCCUUAUAUUUGCAAGGUUUUAAGGUUUACUAAAGUCAAAAAUUUCAUUCAAUCACAAUCUUACUUGAUUCCAUGGGAGUCAUCAUUAUGCAUUUAUUUCCCAUUACCAAGAUAUCUCUUAUGACCUCUCUUCUAUAUUUUAUUGCUUGUUCCUGGAAUACAAAAAAGAUGGCUUGUGAGAUAUUUGUUUCGUAUUAAGAGGCACUCUGCCUUUCUUGGCUUAAGCGGUUCUUUUCCAGAAUUGAUCCUGUCGGUCUUCUCUGGCAGUGUAACGUCAGUAAUUAUUGUAAUAGCCCAGGCUGAAUUUGCCCACAGGUUGAUAAUUUUCUCUGUGUGAUAUUUUAGUACCACAGUAUGUUUUUAAAAUGUUCUGUCAUAAACUGUAUCAUCUUUCUUUUAGGAAGCCAUUUCAAGAAAUAUAUCUUCAUUGGUUCAUUAUGCCAACAUUAUGUCAAAAUAUUCAUUAGUUUCUGUAAUUUCUAGCUGAAGCACAUAGUACAACUGCUUUGAUCUAAUAAACAUAUGAUCAGAGGGA